AGCAAAGCACACGAUAAAGCACGCCGAUCCGCUUCUCCACAAACACACCACCUUCUCUUUAAAGCUUUCUUCCCCUGCUUUUCGUAUCUGCCACGAAGACACCAUGGCCUCUCAUGUGGAAGGACGCCUCUUGCGCCGCUCCGUGCCGUACGUCGAGUCGUGGAUCGCGGAGCUGGCCCCCAAGGCCGCCGCUGCCCCCGGUGCUGCCGCUGCUGCUGCCGCUGCGCCCAAGUCGAAGGAAAAGGCAUCGAAAGGGAAAGGCGCCGCGGCGCCGGCUGGCACGGACAACGCCACGGCCAUGUCGCGGUGCUGUUUCGCUGUGGGCAAGGUAAUCGAGGUGUCCCGCCACCCGGAGAGCGAGAAGCUCUUCAUUGAAAAGAUCGACCUCGGCGCGGAACUGAACGCGCUCAGCAACAACGAGCCGCGCACCAUCUUGAGUGGAUUGCAGGAGUUCGUAAAGGAGGAGGAUUUUGUGAACCGGCUGGUGCUGGUGAUUGCGAACUUGGAGCCGCGCAAGAUCGGCGGCAUCCCAUCGGCGGGUAUGGUGAUGUGCGCCUCGACCGGCGAGGACCCGCACAACCCCGCCUCUGCCGGGCAGGGGGAGCGUCAGGUGGUGCUGCUCGACAUUCCGGAGGGUACGGCGGUAGGGGAGCGCGUUGUCUUUGCGGGUCACGACAUGCCCUACGAGCCGGUGCUGAAGAAGAAGCUGGCGAAGAACUUCGAGGAGGUGAUGCUGGAGGUGUGCAGCAAUGAGGAGGGUGUCGUGUGCUGGCAGGGGAAGCCGUUCAUGACCUCCAAAGGCCCCAUCAAGGCUUCGUUGUGCAACGCUCGCAUUUCAUAA